GGGAGGGGCUGCGGCGCGCGCUAACGGACGGCUGCGGGCCCCGGUGCCGGAGGACCGGUUGUAGAGUCGCACAAGUUCGGGGCAGGGUAGGCGGGUGGCCUCGGCGGGCCGAACCCUUCGCGGACACGUGCCUACUGGCCGAGGGCCUCCGGGGGCCGGGAGGGCUGCACCAGGCCCCCAGCCCUCGUGGCCAGCCACCAUGCUUUUGAGGAAAGUGCCGGGCUUCUCGCCGGCCUCCUUGUGGGGGCUGCGGCUGCCGCAGAAGUUCCUCUUCCUCCUCUUCCUGUCGGGCCUCGUCACCCUGUGCUUCGGGGCCCUCUUCCUGCUGCCCCACUCCUCUCGCCUCAAGCGCCUUUUCCUGCCACCGCGGAUCCAGCAGCCUGGCCUGGAGGUGGUGGCUGAUCUGCCCAGCCACCCCCUGGCUCGCGAGCAGGAGCCGCCUCCCAACCCGGUGCCUGCGGCCCCUGCCCCGAGCGACGAUGACCCCAGCAGCCAGUCUAGCAGCCGGCGCAAGAAAGGUUGGCCUCGCCGCCAGUGGCCCACUGUGGCGUCCAGGCGCCAGGAGGACCGCGUCCCAUUCAGCUUCGACUUCAACGCCUUCCAAAGUCGCCUCCGCCACCCGGUCCUGGGGAGCAGGGCAGAUGAGAAGGGGGAAUCCUGGAGCCCAGUGCGAGCCCAGCGAGAGAAAAUCAAGGAGAUGAUGCAGUUUGCCUGGCAGAGCUACAAGCGCUAUGCCAUGGGCAGGAAUGAGCUACGUCCACUCACCAGAGACGGCUACGAAGGCAGCAUGUUCGGGGGUCUCAGCGGAGCGACCAUCAUUGAUUCCCUGGACACACUCUACCUCAUGGAGCUCAAGGAGGAGUUCCAGGAGGCCAAGGCCUGGGUCCAGGACAGCUUCCACCUGAACGUGAGUGGAGAGGCGUCCCUGUUUGAGGUGAACAUCCGCUACAUUGGAGGGCUGCUCUCUGCCUUUUACCUGACGGGGGAAGAGGUGUUCGGGAUCAAGGCCAUCCAGCUGGGUGAGAAGCUCCUGCCUGCUUUCAAGACUCCCACGGGAAUUCCGAAGAGCUCCGUCAGCUUCAAAAGCGGAAACUGGGGCUGGGCCGCGGCAGGCAGCAGCAGUAUCCUGGCUGAGUUCGGAUCCCUGCACUUGGAGUUCUUACACCUCACCCAGCUCUCCGGCAAGCAGGUCUUCGCAAGAAAGGUCAGGAACAUCCGCAAGGUCCUCAGGAACAUGGACAAGCCCUUCGGCCUCUACCCCAACUUCCUCAGCCCAGUGAGCGGGAACUGGGUGCAACAACACGUCUCAGUUGGAGGACUCGGGGACAGCUUUUAUGAAUAUUUGAUCAAGUCCUGGUUGAUGUCAGCCAAGACAGAUGUAGAGGCUAAAACCAUGUACUAUGAAGCCUUGGAGGCAAUUGAGACCUAUUUGCUGAAUGUGUCUCCUGGAGGCCUGACCUACAUCGCCGAGUGGCGAGGGGGCAUUCUCGACCACAAGAUGGGGCAUCUGGCCUGCUUCUCUGGGGGCAUGAUCGCUCUUGGUGCCGACGAUGCCAAGGAGGAGAAGAGGGCCCACUACCGCGAGCUCGCAGCCCAGAUCACCAAGACGUGCCACGAGUCCUACGCCCGCUCAGAUACCAAACUAGGACCCGAGGCCUUCUGGUUCAACUCCGGUCGAGAGGCAGUGGCCACCCAGUUGAGCGAGAGCUACUACAUCCUGCGGCCCGAGGUAGUGGAGAGCUACAUGUACCUCUGGCGCCAGACCCACGACCCCAUCUACCGGGAGUGGGGCUGGGAGGUGGUGAUGGCCUUGGAGAAGCACUGCCGGACGGAAGCCGGCUUCUCAGGCAUCCAGGACGUAUAUAGCGUCACCCCCAGUCACGACAACAAGCAGCAGAGCUUCUUCCUGGCGGAGACCCUGAAGUAUCUCUACCUUCUGUUCUCGGAUGAUGACGUGCUGUCCUUGGAAGACUGGGUGUUCAACACCGAGGCCCACCCGCUGCCCAUCAACCACUCGGACAGUGCCCACAGGGCCUGGGGCCCCCGCUGAGAGCGCCCCUCCGCCCCCAGGCCGCCUCAGGGAUGCCAUGCCUCUUGGGCAUUUGGGACUGCCCUCCCAAGGGACCGAGCUGGCCAGCCGUGUCGGACAGACGCGCCACUCUCCUCUGUGAGGAGACAGGCUCAGAGAUACCGCCGCCACUGCUGAGCUGUCAGAGCGGGGCGCAGCCACGUCGCGCCCCCACAUUCCUUUCUACAGAGAAGUUUCUAUGAACCCUGUAAACUCUUGGCCAAGGCCAAGGUCCAGAGAUGGCCAUGGCCACAGCAGGUGGCCAGCUCACCUGCCUCCUUCCGGGCUCGACUCUGGCUCUUUCUUUCCCAUUUUGUCUUGCUGUCCUGGCCUCAUGUGCUCCCUCCAAUCACGUCCUCCCGAGAGGCUGGCUUUGGGACACUUGUCUGCGGGCCAGCCUCCACCCCUGUGAUCUUCCGUUGUUCAUGCCCCAUUCCCUCUGCGUCCAGUUUCCUGUCCAUUACCUUAUCGUUGGAGGAGAGGUCUCCUUGGAUAUAGGCCUGAGCUUUGGGACUCCCCAGCGCCGUUCUAGUCGUAACGGGAAAGUCUGUGAGGAAGGAACAGGGUUAACUGACAGCAGUGAAGACAGCCCACGCACCCUCCGCAGGCCCCAGGAAGGGUGCUGCGCCAGCCGUUGGCCUCGGGUUCCCCAAACGAAGGAUGCCCCUUGUCUUACCCUGCCUUAAGUCAGUCCCGAUGAAUUCAAAAAAUGUGAGCUGGAGAUGCAGCAAGGCCAGAGAGGGGCAGCCACCUGCCUGAGGGCACACAGCCAGAAAAUAAAAUACAGAUGAGCACCACCCCUGCCCUGCACCCUGUCCUGGGCCACCCCAGUCCCAAGCCCGGCCACACCCUUUCACGAGACCCAGGACAGAGAGGCCCCCAGGGAGGCAGAACAGAAAGGUUCCAGAAGUAACUGACGGGAGUGGCGGACAGUCGGGCCUGGCAGGUAGCCAGGGCCAGCAGGGCCGGUGGGGUGUGAAAGGGCGAGUGAGCCUCAAGCCAAGCCCUAGACAAUAGUGACAAUGAGGAGAAUGAUAGGAGGGGAUGUGGCACGGCAGAGAGCAAGUCCCAUAGAUCCAGACACACACACCCCCUGGGUGGGGUGGGGUGGGGUGGAUGGUGGGACCAUAGCACCAGCACGUUCUGCAGGACCAGGAGUUCCAGGGCCAACGCCGAGUUGAGGAUGUCCCCUGCUCCCCCACCUGCGUGUCCCCUUGGCCAAGGGCAGGGGACCGUGCUCGGCCCUUGCUCUGGCGCUGUUCAUGUACCCCGCUAGCCCUCCGGGUGACCUUCGACCUCCACGGUGCAGCCCUCCUGAGGCUGCCCCGGGAGUGGAGGGCACAGGAAAGCCUUCCCCUCUUCCCCCUUCCACAGCCCUGGGUUACCUUGGCAGUCGUGGGGGAGCAGCCGCCACCACCGCCGGGAAGCAGCAGGUCACCACCCGCUCGCUGGGCACCCAGGAAGGCGUGGACCUGCUGCCCCCCAGCUCCCACACUGGGAGCCAAGGGGACCAGUGAGGAAAUACUGAAAAGCAGACGGGCAGUGUCCCCGCACUUCUCUCCAGAACAGAUCCUAUUACAUGAGUAUUUUCUUCUCUUUUUCUAUGAAUAUAUAGAGUCUAUGUUUUGAAACAUGGUAUCAUACUAUGCAUACUAUUUUCUUAUACUCUGCUGUUGCACUUGACUGUAUGUUGUGGAUCCCUCUCCCUGUCGACAAAUACACACGUAUCAUCA